AUGAAUGGAUGGAUGGGAGUAAACAAGAAUGAAAUAUAUAUUUUAAAACAAUCGAUUUUUAUGAUCUGAUUUAUCGUUUUAUUGGGUCACAUAUUUAUGAUGAUGAUGAUGAUGAACGACAAGAUUUUAAUCUGAUGCUGAUUUUAAUUUUACGCAAUACAAAAAUAUAGUGCAAAAACUUGACAAAAAAAAUCAUUAUUUUCCAUUUGGCUGUUCAUCAUAAUGAAUCCAUUUGGUGAUGAAGAUGGUGAUGAUUAUGAUUCGAAAUUGGAUCCAUUUGCAGAUGAUGAUGAUGAUCAUCAUCAUGUUACAUCUAAAAAGGUUUGAAUUCUAUGUGAUUUGAAUCGAUAAUUUCAAUGUUUUUUUCUUUCAUCAUUAGAUUUCCUCAUCGAUAAAUGGACAGAAUAUAAAUGCCAUCGAUGAUGAUGAAUCCAUUUGAAGAAUCACAAUCAAUUAUAAACGAAACACCCAAUGAACAACAACAACAACAAUAUCUAUUAGGUGAUGGUUCAUUACAAGCUGAAGGUCUUCUUUGUCCAGAUUGUAUGCAAGAAUAUCGUACAAUUACUGAAUUGAUGGCACAUUUUGAUCAAGAUCAUCGUCAAAAUCAUCAAAAAAGACGACAACAACAACAACAAUCAAAUUCUAAAAUUAAUAUAAAUCGUUCAAAAGAUCAGAUUAAAGAUUUUGUAAAAAAAAUUAUCCAAACAAACAAAUCAUCAUCAUCACCAACAACAACAGAAGUACAACAAGAAGAUCCAAAAUUAUCGGCUAUAAAUGGUUGGCAUUCGAAAUCACCGAUUAAUUCAUGGAAACAUUCAAUGAAAUUAGGUUUAAAUCGUUCACAUUGGGAUGAUUAUCGUCAAAUACGUGAUAAACAAAUUGAACGUUAUGUAUUUGAAACGAAUAAAUUGCUAAUACGAUUAGAUCGAUUAAUGGCUGGAUAUGCAUCAUUAUCAUCACCAAUGGAUAUUGAUAAUCGUCGUCGUCAUGAACAAUCUAUUGUUGAAUGGUUAGAUGAACGUGCCGUUCCACUUUGUCCAUCAUGUGCUAUUAGAUUCAAUAUAAUCAUUAAAAAACGUCAUCAUUGUCGGCUUUGUGGUGCUGUUAUGUGUUCAAAAUGUUCAGUGUUUAUUACAUUCAAUUUUGCUGAUGAAUUAUUAAAACCAUUCGGUUUUCAUGGUUCAAAACAACAAAAUUUGCCACAUAAUAAUAAUAUAAAUCUUAAUAAUAAUGCUACUUCACCAACAAUAUCGAUAUUGAAAUUACGUACAAUGUUAGCCAAAUCAAUUGGUGAUGAUAAUAAUUUGGAUACGGAAAAUCAGAUCGAAUCAAUACGUAUCUGUAUUGAUUGUAAUCGUUUACUUAUAUUACGACGUGAUAAAUUACAACGUUCACAUUAUCAAUGUCCAUUAAUUGAACUUUAUACAAAGCUUAGAGAUAAUGUUCAACAACUUGAUCGAUUAUUAUCAAUCUAUGAUAGUAUGGCCGAAUCUCUUAAUUUGGGCGAAUCAACAUAUCAACUACAGGAUGCAAUCGAAGUUAAGAAUAAACUCACACGAUUAGGUGAAGAAACUGAUCAUAUUAGUCGUAAAAUUGAAACAUAUGAUGUAUCGAAAACAUUGCCUUCGCAACGACAACUAUCCAUACAAACAUUGAUUCGUCGUUCAACAAUAUUAUAUCUACGUGAUAAUCUAUUAGCAUUGAAUGAAUUACCAGAUGUUGAACAUUAUGAACGAUUAAAACAAUCACAUGCUGAAUUGAUUCAAAGAAGAAUUCAAUGGGAAAAACAGAUGGCCCUAUUUGAACAGGAACAAUUUAAACAAAAACAUCAAGUUGAAAAUGUUGUUGGAAAAAAAACCAUCAUAUUUGGUGAUGAUGGAUUCUGUCCGCAGACAAUGACCAUCAAUGGAAAUGGUUUAAAUAACAUCAAUAUUAUUGAUAAUAAUGAAGAUCCAAUUGUACAACAAAUGGCCAUAAUACAAUCAUAUAUUGAACAAGCAAAACAAGAUCAUCGUUAUGAAGAGAUGCGUCUAUUGGAAUCUAAUCUUAAAGAAUUGGAAAUUGAAUAUUUUUUCGCUCAACAACAACAACAACAACAAUCACAUGAAUCAAUAUUGUACACGAAUAAUGAAAAAUCAACGUCGCAAGUAUUGCCACCAUCGACAUCAUCAAUGUUGAAUCCAUUCGGUGAUGAAGAUGAUGAUUGAAAUUUUUUUUAAUAAAU